AUGAUUCCAGUUUCAAUCGUGAAUACAAACUACACCAUAAAUCUUGUCUCAUCUUCAUCGGUGCUAAGAAAAUUCGAUACGCAAUCUCAUCUCAGAUUUCGCCCCAUCCUCUUCAUCUUCAUUUGCGGCCCGCUUGGUUUCGAUUCGAUGAGUUCGUCUGAUGCGUCUUUGACAGUGAUUACGAAGACAAGAAAACCAGUGAUUAUGGUGCUGAAGUGGAUUAUGGAGGAAGAUGCAGAGGAUGUUGAUUGUGAAGAUAUGAUUACAUUGAAACUGGAAGAAGACGCUUGA